AUGAGCGAUCUAAUCGCAUACACCAUAGAACUGAUUGUGGGAGGGAAUUCGGUCGACAAUUCAGAUGUGCUGCAGACAAUCGGCAGCGCAAACGGGAGCGUAUCGGAGGGACUGGUUCAAGGGGAAAUCGCUGCAGAAAUAGCUGCUUCGGUGGAAAAUGGCUUCUACCUGAAGAUGACCUCCAAUACGACGGAUGGGAACCAGGUCAUCAAUUACUCGAACCGAUUUACCCUUAUAUCCAUGAAGGGCACCACAUCGCAGAUCUACCAGGAUGCCGCGAACGCUGCGAACGGCGUGGGAGAUGUACCGAGCGCACAGUACAACGUUAUCGAGAAGGUUGUUACUCCGACGUCCGCACCGUUAUCCUCUACGAGCGUCUCCGUCACGGCUACCUUGACUCAAGUACCAUCUCCUCCCAACGAGGAGGAUGGACCCGGUUCCACCACCUUGAAAGUCGGACUCAUUGUCGGUGGCAUCUUCGCGCUAAUCGGGGCGGCAUCCAUAAUCUUCUGGAUGAGAUUACUCUGGCGGAGACGUAGGCAACGGAAACUGAAAGAGCAGGAAAAGCAGGCUAGAAGACGGACAGCGGCACUCAUGGAAUUCAAGGCCGAGUUGCCGGGAGAAAGCGACUACGGCUUGCGCUCGCAUCCCUCGGAGCUGGGUCCAGAUACCGAGCGGUUUGAGGCUGGUGGAAGGGAAAGAGCGAUUGAGAUGCAAGCCACCACUGCGGUCUUUGAGCUCGAGGGGAAUCACACGCCCAUACAACAUGAAGCUGGCAGCGGAAGACGAAGUAAAGCGUACUCGUACCGGCAAUCGCUCCAUGAAGCUGGCAGUGGGAGACGGAGUAAAGUUUAUGAUCCGACGCUCACGCUCAAGUUUUGA